AUGUCGAGCUUUUCAAGAGUGAGCAAAUUUUCUCCAAUGAAACAAUUAAAUUUUAACAAUAGCUUGGACAGUGUACAACAAAUAAUAAAUAUUGUACGAGGUUUUUUACAGGGUUUCAGUAAUGAGACUAAUUAUUUACUGAUAAGUCUUUAUGUACCAGUUAUAGUCUUUGCUAUAACUGCCAACAUACUGGUUAUUAUUGUCGUCAUUAAAUAUCAGUAUAUGCACAACUUGACUAACUAUUUUAUAGUUAACUUAUCAGUGGCCGAUCUACUGGUAACUAUAAUUUGUAUGCCAAUUGCAAUCGGUCAAGCAAUGUCCAUUAAAUGGGUAUUUGGCGAAUUAAUGUGUAAAUUCUUUUUCUAUCUCCAAGGUGUAGCAGUAGCAGUCUCGGUAUUUACUAUUACAGCAAUGAGUGUAGACAGAUACUUAGCAGUAAAGAGUUCUAUUACCCUCAGAAGGGUAUUUAAUCGAAAAAUUACUAUAAUUAUAAUAGCAACAUUGUGGACAAUUGCUUUAAUUAUAUUUUUUCCUAUUUUAAAAGUGGUUACUCUACAAAGUCCAAUAAUACAUUUAGAUAAUAUUACUUUAACUGGUCAAUGGAAAGGAAUCAACAGUUUAAAAAUUCCGAAACUUCCGAUUUUCUAUAUAUGUUCAGAGGACUUUAAAUCUCAUGAUAUUCAUGUCCACAUAUUUGGUACUGCUUGCUUCGUAUUCGUUUAUGCUAUCCCAGGUUUCAUUGUAAUAGCAACAUAUUCUAUGAUGGGCAAAAUCCUUUGCGUCAGAAAACCACCUUUUGAUUAUGAUAGUAUAAAAAAGAAUGCAAGUUCUGAACAGGGAUUUAGACUUGUUCGAGAAAGAAAACGCGUCGCUUGGAUUUUAUUAUUACUCGCUAUUCUUUUUGCUCUUUGUUGGCUACCAUAUAAUUUACUUCGAUUAUUAAUUGACCUUGAAAUUGUUUAUGAAAGCAUCCUCGUAUCAGAGGUGUUGUCCUACAGCCUUUUACUCGGUCAUAUAAAUAGUGCUGUCAAUCCCAUUGUAUAUUGUUGUAUGUCUCGAAAUUUUCGGAGGAACAUCUCUAAAAAUUGUAAAAAAAAACAAUAAGUGAAAAAGUGUUCCAAAGGUUAUCUGAGAAAGAAAAUUGAGUAAUACGACACAAGAAAAAGUGACUUCGGAUCAAUAUAAUAAUAGAAUUGAAUUCUUUCAUUCCUAUCAAUCAAUGAAUCAACAUUCUCAGCAAUCAGCGUGAAGAAAAAUU